AUGGAGAUUCAAUUUGCUUUCAAAUUUCAAGACCAAGUACCACCUCAAAAGUACACGGACAGGAUAACCAUGAUAGACUUUGAAGCUAUAUUUUCGCCACAGAUUUUCUUUAUUAUUCUAAGGGAGACCAUUGAGGCGGCCAUCAUUGUCUCUGUUCUCUUGUCCUUUAUCAAACAAAACUCAUAUUCAGCAGGUGGUGAAUUAACAAUCGAUCGGAGACAAUAUGAUUCGAUGAGGAUGCAAGUUUGGACGGGGGCGUUUAGUGGUGUCAGUAUAUGUGCCAUUAUUGGUGCAAUUUUCAUAACGCUCUUUUACUUUAUUGGCACCGACUUGUGGAGUUACACGGAAAGAAUAUGGGAAGGUAUGUUUUCCAUCUUGAGCAGUGUCAUUAUUGCCAUUAUGGGUGUGUCUCUACUUAGGAUCAAUGCGAUGAAGAACAAGUGGAAGGCAAGUUUAGUUUCGUCGAUGCAGCAGCACCAUCACCAUCACCACCACCACCACCAAGGGAAUGAGGAUGAAGUUGUUAUUGCCGAUAUGCAAAAACAGAAUUUGAAGGACAAGUACUUUUUGUUCUUUUUGCCCUUUAUCACAACUCUCAGAGAGGGGUUGGAGGCUGUUGUUUUCGUUGGUGGUAUAGGGGUGAACCAGCCAGUUUCCUCCUUCCCGCUUGCUAUUGCUGCGGGUGCCAUUCUCGGGGUUACCAUUGGAUGCAUCUUAUACAGUGGUGGAAAUAGAAUGUCUAUUCAAUAUUUUUUGAUUGCAUCAACUUGUUUCCUCUACUUGGUUGCGGCGGGACUAAUGUCUAGGGGUGUUUGGUUUUUCGAAUUGGAAAGGUUUGUUCAGAAAGUCGGUCAGGAUACUAGUGAGACCGGUUCUGGUCCGGGAAGUUAUGAUGUUGCAAAUACUAUAUGGCAUGUCAACUGUUGUAAUGGUUUGACCGAUGGUGGGUGGAUGAUUUUCAAUGCACUACUAGGAUGGACCAACACGGCAACGUACGGUAGUGUCAUCAGUUAUAUUGGGUUUUGGUUGUUCAUCAUAUUACUAUUAAAGUCAAGGACAGUUUUCGAAAGAGAAGGUUAUGUUAGGUUUAUCCCAUUGAAAUGGCAACUCAAAAAGAUCAAAAAGCGCAUAAUUGUUGAUGAGAUGCUUGCCCAGGAGCUUGAAGAGUUGGAGCUAUCUCAGGUGCCUCCUAUAGCCAAUACUGGAACUAGCGACGGCGAUCGUGCACCCUUAUUACAGUAG